AUGCCUGCCACUAUCCAAUCCAACUAUACAUCGGAUGCCGAGACCUGUGAUCAGGAUCAGGAAUCUGGAUAUGCCAGUGGUGACUCCAGCCAGGUCGCUCUGCCGGACCUUGUAUUCACGAAGCCGCACUUGAAGUUUUUGAACAGACAGCUGCAAUUCCUCGAACCACAAGAUGUCUUGAGAUGGUGCAUCACUAGUCUUCCAGGCCUCUACCAAACCACUGCCUUUGGGCUCACUGGCCUGGUCACUCUCGAUAUGCUCUCCAAACUUGAUGUUCCUCGACCACAAGUUGUAGACCUGAUCUUCCUCGACACAUUACACCAUUUCCAGGAGACCCUCAAUCUGGUUGAGCGUGUCCGAAAGCGAUAUCCGAAUGUUAACAUCCACGUCUACAAACCAGAUGGCGUGGAGACUGCUGCUGAAUUCGCCGCGAAAUACGGAGACAAAUUGUGGGAGACCAACGAUCAGUUGUAUGACUGGGCUGCCAAAGUCGAACCAGCCCAACGCGCAUACCGGGAGCUCCAAGUCAGCGCUGUGCUGACCGGCCGCCGAAAGAGUCAGGGUGGAAAGCGUGGAGACUUGAACAUUGUUGAAGUUGAUGAGGCUGGCCUUAUUAAAAUCAACCCCCUCGCCAACUGGGGCUUUGCUGAGGUGAAGGCCUACGUUGACACUCACAACGUGCCAUACAAUGAGCUUCUCGAUCGGGGAUACAAGAGCGUUGGAGACUGGCACUCGACGCAGCCGGUGAAGGAGGGUGAGGACGAGCGUGCUGGCCGGUGGAAGGGUCAGGCCAAGACCGAAUGCGGCAUCCACAACCCCCGAUCGAAAUAUGCCCAGUUCCUUCGCGAGCAGGAGAUGAAGCAACAGGAAGAGGCCCUGCAGCAGGCUCUCAAGAGUGCCUAA